CACUCGAAAGGAGAGUUUUUUCGCCGAAUGUAUCGACUAUCGAGUCGGCCUUCUCUCACUGACCCCCAAACCCCGUCCAGAGAGAUGAAGGCGCUGCUGAGACCUUCCAUCUAUCGAGCUUCGACCCUCUUGCUGAAGCCCAAGUGCAUGAACUUCAUCAUUUCGCGAGCAGAAGCCACAAAGUUGAGUCGUUUACCAAUUCCCAGCUCAAACCGGAGAUGGGUCUUUGCCGGCUCGCUCCCUCCCCCGGAGUGGAUCGAGCCCUUCACCGACAUCUCCGACGUGGCCGCUGACCCUCGGAACCCGACGCCGUCUCCAUGGGUGAGCAGAGUUCUCAACCUGCUUGACGGGUCCUCGGAGAUGGAGUUCAAUUUGGAUGAUUUCUGUCGGAAAUUCUUGAUUAAGCUGUCUCCCAAUUUUGUGUCCUUCGUUUUGCGCUCCAACGAGCUCAGGGAGAAGCCCGAUGUUGCCCUCAGGUUCUUCGAGUGGGCCGCUAAGCAAAAGAAGUACACCCAUAAGAUCGAAUGCUAUGUUUCCCUGAUCGAGUUACUGUCGGUUUCGGGUGAUUUCGAUAAUGUGAAAUUGGUUUUUGAUGAGCUGAAACGGAAAGGCUUUCUGAUGACUCUGUUUGCUGCUAAUUCACUGAUCAAGAGCUUCGGGAAUGCGGGUAUGGUGGAGGAAUUGCUGUGGGUAUGGCGGAAGAUGAAGGAGAACGGUGUCGAGCCGAGCUUGUACACUUACAAUUUCCUGAUGAACGGUUUGGUGAAUUCGAUGUUCAUCGAGUCAGCAGAAAGGGUGUUCGAAGUUAUGAAAGGCGGACGGAUUGGGCCUGAUGUAGUCACUUAUAAUACCAUGGUUAAAGGGUAUUGUAGGGUGGGCAAAUUCCCGAAAGCUAUAGAGAUAUUGAGGGAGAUGGAGGCGAGAAAUGUGGAGCCGGACAAGAUCACGUAUAUGACCUUGAUCCAGGCGUGCUAUGCCGAAGGAGAUUUCAGUUACUCGCUGAGGCUUUAUCACGAGAUGGAAGAGAAAGGGUUGGAGAUUCCACCUCAUGCAUAUCUCUUAGUGAUCGGAGGGCUCUGCACAGAAGGGAAAUGUAUGGAAGGAUAUGCGGUUUUCCAGAAAAUGAUUAGCAGAGGUUGUAAACCAAAUGUGGCGAUUUACACUAAUCUGAUUGAUGCAUAUGCAAAAUCUGGAGGCAUAGAAGAGGCCAUUAGACUAUUUGAGAGGAUGAAGAACGAAGGGUUUGACCCUGAUGAGGUAACUUAUGGGGUUAUUGUCAAUGGCCUUUGCAAAAGCGGGCGAUUGGAGGAGGCCAUGGAGUGCUUUGAGACGUGUAAAAAGAGUGGAUUGGUGGUUAACACCACAAUCUAUUCUAGCCUCAUUGAUGGUCUUGGGAAGGCAGGGAAGGUGGAAGAAGCCGAGCAACUUUUUGAAAGGAUGAAUCAGUCCGGAUGUUCUCCAGAUUCGCAUUGCUACAAUGCCCUGAUAGAUGCUUUCACAAAGUGUGGGAAGAUGGACGAAGCGUUAGCCCUUUCCAAGAGAAUGGAAGAUGAGGGUUGUGAUCAAACGAUCUACACAUAUACAAUCGUAAUAAAUGGACUCUUUAAGGAGCAUAAGAAUGAGGAGGCAUUGGCCUUGUGGGAUUCGAUGAUCGAUAAAGGCAUAACGCCCAAUGCAGCUUCUAUCAGAGCCCUCUCAACAGGGCUCUGUCUUUCGGGAAAGGUGGGCAGGGCUUGUAGGAUAUUAGAUGAACUGGCUCCUAUGGGAAUUACACCUGAUUCGGCCUUUGAAGACAUGCUCAAUGUGCUGUGUAAAGCAGGGCGAGUCAAGGAAGCAUGUAAGUUAGCAGAUGGUAUUGUGGACAGAGGAAGAGAAAUUCCUGGGAGGGUCCGAACUGUUCUUAUAAAUGCAUUGAGGAAAGCAGGCAAUGCUGACUUAGCGGUGAAGUUGAUGCACAGUAGGAUUGGGAUUGGUUAUGAGCGAAUGGGAAGCGUUAAGAAGAGAGUAAAAUUUCGUCUUCUCAUUGAAAAUUGAGCCUUUUGGGGGUAAUAAACUGAAAGUACUUAGACAUUAUCCUUUGAACCUGGUAAUGGGUAUUCCUGGAGUUGCGACUCUGGAGUCACUUAUUAGAAGGUGAGGUCAUUGUAACAGACAGUUGCUCUGGCCUUUCAUUUCUGCAAUAUUGAAAGAGACUGCUCUAUGUAUGUUAUUCUAAGUGCAGGAUCUAAAAGCAAGGGAGGAGCAAUUUCAGGUUAAGAAAAGGAAUCAGAGGAAUAGGGUGCAGGUAGGCAGCAUCAAUUGAGCGCUUUAUACUACCUGAUCAACUGUAUGUUAAUGGAUUAUCUCUAUGGCAUAAUUGUCAUACGACAUGUAUGAUAACAGAUUCAGCAUAAGUCUAUUGUCUAUGGUGCUCAGAAGAUUGCAUUUUAGCCCUUUUCUUUUGCCAGUAUGAUAUCCCUUUAAGAAUGGAUUAUGUGUGGGGCAAGUAGAUACAGGCCUAGUCUGUACAUUACAAGAAGGGAAACUCGGGAAAGAUUCUGAAAGAUGAGGUUACUUUUGGUGGUGGUGACUUUGUUUAUUCCGGCCCAAUUAGGAUCCAAAUGGAACUAACUUCCCUAUGAAGGCCCUGUAAUAUGGAAGUUUCACGAGCUCCCAGUAGAAAAAGAAGGCUUCUUAUCUUUCAUCACGAGACAAGCAAGAGCAGGUCUCUAGAGAUAUCUUUCUAAUUCUCGGUUGGUCGGCUGCAGUUGUUCAACCUCUUGCGAUGAAGUCUUCAUUGAAGAUACUUUAUAAGGCUUGUUGAUUGAGGCAAUAAUUACUGGUAUUCUCUGUCAGUGGUUCGAAAAUCUCUACUUAAAAUUGUAAGAUCAGCGCGGUUAUGAAUUUCUAGGAUCAUGAUAAAGGUCUGAGCUAUCUGGACUAAUGGAUUGCUAUUGGUCGCAAUGAAUAUUUUGCGGGUUUCGCAUCGAUCAAAGGUCCAGAUUGUUCCGGUUCACAAUUUCCUUAUUUACAUGGAGUGGACCUGGGGUAUGCGUGUCGCUCUUACAGGAGGGUUGGCAAGAUGUUUUACUCAAGCUCUUUGAUAAGCCAUCAUGUGAAUCGUCAUUUAAGUCUCUGGUGUAGGUAAAUGUUCUUGGUUGUAGAGUGGGGAUUUAUCAGUCCGAGACAGAAGACUUCCUUGGAGACAGACAUCCUGGGCCUCAUUCAGGCUUGUUCUACAUCCAUCAUGGUCCAGUCGGGACCUGCAACAAUUCGAGCUGUCAGAAGGGUCUUGUACGUAUUCGAUCGAUCGUAAUGUCAUACUUUUCAUGGAUUAUACGUACAUGGAACAUUUUGAUUGCUGGGAUUUCUGAAUAUCACAGAGAUGACAAUUUUGGGUCA